AUGUCCUACUACGAUGUCGACGCGAUCCUUACGGACGCUCAAAAAAUCCCAUGCACAUUUGAGCUCGACGUUCCCGCUCUAGGCUACCUCGACAACAAUGCUACCGCUCCUUUGAAGAAACAUACGCGUGUUGAUCUUCCUCUCUGGCUUGCCGAACUCCUCGCCGUCUCCUCUUCCUCUUCUCAGAAGUCCCUCGUAACCCUUGAUCUGCCUGCUUGUCUCGCACCGCGCGUUUUGAAUGCAUUAAAAGCCGACCCAAAGAGUGUCGAUAUACGCAAUUUGGCGCAAAACCUCUACGGAUUGGGAGCCAGAGUUUUGGAGUUAUUCGAAGAGGAAGAAUUAUGCGAUGUUUUGAUGGAGAGUUGGAGGACAAGAGCUGGAGAGAUUAGCGAUCAUGCGGGAAGUGGCAGUGUAGGGCAGAGUAAUGGCAGAGGUGGGGGAGAAGGUGUGGAGUUCUUGAGGGGCUUGGAUGAGGCGGAACGGGAAUUGUUCAAGGCGGCACACGAGGGAUCUAAAGCAAUGGGGAAAUGGAUGGGCGAUGUGAAAAAGGGGUAA